UUGAUCAACAAUUAAUUCUAAAGGUGUAAUAAUCUUGAAAUUACCUGAGCAAAGAGUCAUUCUCACUGCGCUUUUUCUAAAGUGAAGACAAGGAGUGAACCUGGCAGAGUGUGCUUCCCUGAAGAAGACAGAGUCUAACCUGCACAGGUAUCAGCGGCGUGUAUUAAGGAUGCCCUUGUCCCAACAUCAGACCUGGAGGUAACCCCACCUUGUCUGUGCUGUUGCCCCCCCCCUCUCAGCGGAGAUGGUGCACUGGACAACACAGUGGGGGACAUGUGUCUGUAUCCAAACUCUGCUGGCCUUUGCCUUGGCCAACUGUCCCUCACUUUACCCCAACCCUGUCAACUUCUCCGUUGUGUACACCAUGCCGUUCUUCCAGGCUAAGGGUCCUAUCCAGAACAUAGUCAACAACUCGUAUUACCAGGAGGUGUAUGUUGCCUCUAAGAAUGUGAUUGAAGCCGUCAACAGAAGCUUGGAGAAGGCUUGGGAGCUCCACACUGGGCCAGUGGGAAGCCCAGAGUGUCGGGUAUGCGAUAUGUGCGACAUUGACAAGGAUCCAAACUUCCUGGAGGACACAAACAAUCAGGUCUUGCUGUUGGAUACCCUCUUUAUGUAUUUAUACUCUUGUGGAAGUUCUCAGUAUGGUGUAUGCCAUUUCCACCAACUUAACUCAAAUGGAGAGCCUCCUUCUCUUUCAAAGUGUUUGUUCAGAAAGGUUACAAACCCCGCCGCCAACUGUCCUGACUGUGUGGCUAGUCCUCUCGGUACCAAAGUCACCAUGGUGGAAGAGGGUCAGACUGUCUACUUCUUUGUUGCCGCCACAGUCAAUGACAGUGUGACGCAGCGUUACGGAAGGAAGUCUAUAUCGGUGCGUCGACCACUGGCCACAGAAGAUGGUUUCUACAAGGAUGUGCGUAGCCUGACUGUCCUUCCAGGUUUGCGGAGGACAUACAAUAUUGAAUAUGUCUACAGCUUUUUCACUCAGGAGUUUGUCUACUUCGUCUCAGUUCAGAGAGAGAGUCCAGAUCAGGAAUCCUCUCCAUUUCAGACUCGUUUGGGCCGACUCCCAAGGAAUGAAUGGGAGAUGAAGAGGUAUCGUGAGGUGAUCCUGGAGUGUCGGUUUGAACCAAAACGCAGACGGAGGAACGUAGCCAGUGAGCCCUAUAAGGAUGUGGUUUACAACGUGGUCCAGGCAGCCCAUUUUGGCAAGGCAGGCAGGGAGCUGGCAGAGGAGUUAGGGGCGGAGGAGGAGGAUGACAUCCUCUAUGGAGUUUUUGCUGUUACUGAUGACAACGGGGUCACGGAGCACGACUCUGCCCUGUGCGCCUUCCCAAUGGACAACGUGAACAAAGCGAUCGCAGAUGGGGUUGAUGACUGCUGUGAGUCUGGACCAGAGCAGCUCUCUAGAGGGCUCUGCCAUUUCCAGUCCUGUGAGAGCUGUCCACAUGAGAGCAUGGAGAACAACGCCACAUGCAGAGACCACCCUAGCAUGGUGUCAAAGCCCUACUACAGAGUGGAUCUCUUCAACAGGCAGCUAACGGACGUCCUGCUCACAUCUCUGCUGGUCACAACCAUAGAGAACAAGACCGUGGCUCAUAUCGGCACCUCUACUGGACGCCUGCUGCAGCUUGUAUUGACACGAUCCAGCCCAAUUAUCUUUGCCAAUUACUCUUUGGUAGAGAACCAGAGGGUGUCUUCGAUUGCCACCGUUUACUCAUCAGAGUAUCUUCUCUUUGUGGUUGGAGACAAGAUGAUCCAGGUGCCCCAGAGAGGACCAGGUUGUCAACACUUCCUGACCUGUGCGAUCUGCCUGACAGCCCCUAAAUUCAUGGGCUGUGGCUGGUGCUCUGGAGUUUGCUCCUGGGAGAGCGAGUGUCAAAGUCAGUGGAGGAACGGGUCCUGCCAGCCGGGGAUCACUGGGUUCUCUCCACGGACUGCUCCUCCCGAUGGUCAAACAGAGUUCACGGUGUGUGGAUGGGAGUUUCAGUCGCCUUUAAGACCCGCCAUCACAUCCAGAACCCACCAGGUCCGACUGGGGCAGACUGCUUGCACUGUGCUUGCAGUGAAAAGCAAUAACACGCACUUGGUGUGUAAGAUUCGCUCUGGGGCCGCUGAGCUGUCCAGACCCGUUAACAUUACAGUGGAGGUGCAUGAGGGCAAGGUGGAGGGACGCUACUCUAUUGACGGGAAGGCAGAAAUGCCAGGAUUCAUAUUUGUGACUCCCAACAUCACAGAUAUCCAGCCCAACUAUGGGCCUCGUGUUGGGGGUACGCUCAUCACAGUGACUGGACCUCACUUGGAUGCUGGGAAGAUGAGGAGAGUCACUCUCAAUGAUGUUCCCUGUCCUAUAAAGAGAGUCACAAAGCCCAAAGGCAACGUGUCCUCCAUCAUCUGUCUGUCCCAGCCCAUCUCAGAGGUGAGGGACGUCCCUCUGAGUGUUUUCAUCGACAAGUCUCCUAUCCUCACCACAAAGGUGUUUUACUACAAAGAAAACCCGAUCAUUACAGCCGUGCUGCCUGACUGUAGCUUCGACAGGGGGUCAAAGAUUGUGAUCUGGGGGGAGAACCUGGACUCUGUUUACCGCACCAUCAUCCGCUUCAAACCCAAUGAGAGCCACUUGAAACCUGUGACAAGGGAGUGCAUAGGUAAGUCCUUGCCCACGAGGAUGGAGUGCGUCUCCCCCGUGUUCCUGAGGGAUGAGACGGAGGAAGGAGAGCUUUCCUUCGACAUGGACGGAGCGCUGGGACUCUGGAAGAAAGAGUUUUCCUAUCAUCCGUACGGAGAGCCCAUACCUUUUGAAACAGAGGGUCACGUGCUGAAUUUGUACCCUGGCUUUGACGAAGUGUCACUACAUCAUCAGAAGCUGAAUCUGGUGAGCUCCUGUAUGACCAUCAUCAUGACGGUGGCAGGCGUAGAUUGUGAUGCUAAAGUCCUGGAUAAUGAGAUCACCUGCAGGAUCCCCAAGAACAUGACCAUCCUCAGUGAAGGACAGCCAGUGAGGAUCUCUAUCAACGGGCAGGUGCAUAACGUCGGUACGGUGAUGAGGGUCAGCAACCACUACAUGGUGGGCAUUGUUCUGGGGAUCCUGGCGGCUCUGGUGGCCGGGGCGGUGCUGGCCUUCGUUGUCAUGAAGCACUUGAGGAAGAAGAAGAAAGCCUCCAUGGUAGAGAGCCGUUUGAACCACAGCGCUAACCGCUCUGGGAGUAAUAACCUGGAGAUGUCGCCCAUCGGGGACUACAGGAGAGUAGCGUCCCUGAGCCCUCCGACCCCUCUGGUGGGUCAGGGGGGGUUCCUGAGCUACGCUGCAUCGGGCCUCGAUCCCUUCCUCACCCCCCUCAUGCCCUCAGAGAAGAUCUCCAUCUCCAGUUUCCGGCCCGAGCUGCUGGAGGAGGUGAAGGAUGUUCUUAUUCCCGCUGAGAUGCUCGUUGUGCAACACCACCGGAUCAUAGGGAAGGGUCAUUUUGGGACGGUCUAUCACGGCUACUUCACUGACCAAAACCACAGAGAAAUCCACUGUGCUGUCAAGUCUCUGAAUAGAAUAACAGAUGUGGAGGAGGUGGAGCAGUUUCUGAAGGAGGGUAUCAUAAUGAAGGGUUUCCACCACAGCAACGUGCUCUCCCUGCUGGGCAUCCUCCUGCCGCAGGAAGGCCUCCCUCUGGUGGUGCUGCCGUACAUGAAACACGGGGACCUGCGGCACUUCAUCCGCUGCGAGAAGAGGAAUCCCACCGUAAAGGAUCUGAUUGGCUUCGGGCUGCAGGUCGCGAAGGGGAUGGAGUAUUUGGCUCAGAAGAAGUUUGUUCACAGAGAUCUCGCUGCACGCAACUGCAUGCUGGACGAGUCAUACACAGUGAAGGUGGCAGACUUUGGCAUGGCCAGAUAUGUUUUUGAUAAAGAGUAUUACAGCGUUCAGGAUCACAGGAAGGCCAAGCUGCCCGUCAAGUGGAUGGCCAUCGAGAGUCUGCAGACGCAGAAAUUCACCUCCAAGUCUGAUGUGUGGUCCUUUGGUGUGCUGAUGUGGGAGAUGCUGACCAGAGGAGCGAGCCCCUACCCAGAGGUGGACCCUUAUGACAUAACACAUUACCUGCUGAAGGGCCGGAGGCUCCCCCAGCCUCAGUACUGCCCUGACCCUUUGUAUAGCAUUAUGCUCCAGUGCUGGGACCCUGAUCCGGAGUUGAGGCCCAGCUUUUCUACGUUGCUGUUGGCCGUCGCCACCAUCCUGACCGGCCUGGAGGGAGAACACUACAUCAGUCUGAACGUCACCUACAUGAACCUGGACCAGCCGAGGCCCUACCCGGCCCUCACUGAGUCUGCGGACGAGAACAACUCCACGGAUGGUGAAGACUCAGGCUCCAUCUCUUCCUGAUCCACUCCUCUUCCUCUCUCCACUUUAAACUGGUAUUGGUGCUAACAGCGAGGAUGCAAAAAAAGUCAAUUAGGUCGCAACAGUAUCUCCUACUAGUAAGCAUUGGAAACAGAGGUGCUGCCGACUAUAAUGUGCGUGGAAGUGGUGUUAAGAUGCUUUCAGGGCAGCCAUAUUCGAGGGCUGUCACGUUGCCACCAUAGAUAAGUAACGUUUGAGCUUCCACUCUCAUUUUAAGCUGGAUAUACACUGUCUGGUUUGGAGCAACGAAAAACAGCAUUAUUGCGCCACCGUCGGUCACACAGCUUAGCCAACAUCACCCAACAAACCUUCAUUCAGUCCUACUUUCAAAUUGGUGUUGCAUGUCUAAAAAUGUGUUUUGCACUUUAUUAUGCAAAUAUUAUGCACUUUUUCUGUCUUUACUGCCAGUCAAAUUGCUUUUAAAUAUACAACUCAGCAUUCACCGAUUCCAACACAGUCAUACAGAGGCGUAGGCUGCCUUGCUGAGUGCCACACCUAGACUCACCCAUCAAUUUGGGGCUUAGUAUCUUCCCCAAGGACACUUCGACACGUUGAAGUGUCCUUGGGGAUCAAACAACCCACUGGAGGACGACCAUCUAGCUCUUGAGCCACAGCUGCCUGUACAGUGUAUGCCCAGCUUUAAAUAAUUUGAAAAACAUUUAGUUUCCCUUCAGAUAACAUAUGUCCGUUACGAUACAUCGAACCAGUUUUGUGGUACUACCUUGUUAGCUAGAGAAAAUAACACGAUGUAUCCAUAAGAGGCUAAUUAGCUGGUUGUUAGCUAACUAACAAGGGUUCAAAAAACUGAGUUUGUUCACAUGAAUUGAAGUAAAGAUGGAAAAAAGAACAGGCUUGGUUUAAAAAGACUCAAAUCUUCCCCAGCACAGAUGUGUUUGCGCACAGCAGGGGUCUUUUCCAUAUAUCUGUUUCUUUCAUCCUCACACAGUAUGGAUAUUAUACAUGCAAAGCCAGUUCUUCCAUGUCCAACAGUGUUGACUACGGUAUUGAAGAAAGAUGUUACAUAAAGCAGAGCAUUUAUGUAAUUCAGUGGCUUUCUUUACAACAUAGUGUACUGUUACAGAGCCCAUUCGUGUAUAUUUGUUUAGGUAUAACAUUCACACAUAUGCUAUUAAUUGUCUUACAGUGUAAUGAUUGUUCUGUAUAUUAUGGAUCACAAUGUUAGACACAAUAUCCU